GAGAGCUUCGGCGGACAGCUAGUGGGACGAUUCACCCGGAGUUUCUGCGACCGCGUGGCGGUGGCGUAGGGACUCUGAAAGUAGAGCGGCAGGGUGCCGGGAGGUAUCGCGAGCCGUGCCGUCCCCAGCCACUCCAUGCCGGGUUGGAGGCUGCUGACGAAGGCAGGCGCCCUGGUGCUGGGUCGCGGCUCCGGUGGCCUGGGUGCUGCCGCUGGCUCGGGGAACAGAACAAACAUCUGGCUUUUUGUUAGAAGUCUCCAUGGCAAGAGUGGUACUUGGUGGGAUGAGCAUCUUUCUGAAGAAAAUGUCCCAUUUAUGAAGCAGUUAGUUUCCGAUGAAGAUAAAGCCCAGUUAGCGAGUAAACUAUGUCCUCUGAAAGAUGAACCGUGGCCUAUACAGCCUUGGGAACCAGGUUCCUCUAGAGUUGGCCUUAUUGCCUUGAAGCUAGGCAUGAUGCCUUUAUGGACUAAAGAUGGUCAAAAGCAUGUGGUCACAUUACUUCAGGUACAAGACUGUCAUGUCGUAAAAUAUACAUCAAAGGAAAACCAUAAUGGAAAAAUGGCAGCCCUACAUGUAGGAGGAAAAACUGUAUCACGUUUCCGUAAACCAACAUCCAUAUUGGAAUUUUACCGAGAACUUGGAUUACCGCCAAAACAGAAAGUUAAAAUCUUUCAUGUAACAGAUAAUGCUGUAAUUAAGCCAGGCACUCCUCUUUAUGCUGCUCACUUUCGUCCAGGACAGUAUGUGGAUGUCACAGGCAAAACUAUUGGUAAAGGUUUUCAAGGUGUCAUGAAAAGAUGGGGAUUUAAAGGCCAGCCUGCUACACAUGGUCAAACGAAAACCCACAGGAGACCUGGAGCUAUUUCAACUAGUGAUGUUGCCAGAGUCUGGCCUGGAACUAAAAUGCCUGGACAAAUGGGAAACGUAGACAGGACAACAUAUGGACUGAAAGUAUGGAGAGUAAACACAAAGCACAAUAUCAUCUAUGUAAAUGGCUCUGUACCUGGACAUAAAAAUGGCUUAGUAAAGGUCAGAGAUUCUAAGCUGCCUGCAUAUAAGGAUUUCUGUAAAAAUCUACCAUUCCCUACGUAUUUUCCCGAUGGAGAUGAAGAGGAACUACCAGAAGAUUUGUAUGAUGAAAACGUGUGUCAGCCUAGUGCACCUUCUAUUACAUUUGCCUAAUAACAUCAUUGGACUUGGCAGAACCUUACAUAUUGUGUGAGCGUGGAUGAUCCAGAACAGUAAUAUAACCAGAGAGUAUAUUCUUUCCUCAUCACAGCAGUUCCACACUUCUCAUCUUUAUCAACGACAUAGACCACUCGUUGCCCAAUUGAAUUUCAUUAGAAAAAUUACCUCAUUAAACGUGUAAGUGAAAUAGAUUGGAUUUGCUAAAAUUGGCAGUCUGCAUAUUAAUUAGCAAAAUAUUUGUAAUUUGUGGACUUUAUUUUUUUUUAACUAUGCAUUUCUCAAAUUAUCUUAAGAUGUUUAUAAAUUUAACUUUUAUUAAAGAUUGGUCAAUCUUUGU